AUGCGGCAGACAGGACUCGCUCUCAUGGCCUUGGCUGCCUGUGUGGCCCUUCCCUCCUCGGAAGCCAUACUUCCCAUUGCCUCCAGCUGUUGCACUGAGGUUUCUCAUCAUGUCUCCCAAAGGCUUCUGGAGAGAGUGACUCUGUGCCGCAUCCAGAGAGCUGACGGGGACUGUGACUUGGCUGCUGUCAUCCUUCACGUCAGGCGCAGAAGAAUCUGUAUCAGCCCGCACAGUCAUGUUAUUAAGCAGUGGAUGAAAGAACAAGCAGCCAAGAAAAAUGCUAAGGGCAACUUCUGCCACAAGAAGAAACACGCCGGUCAGAGGAAAAGUAAAGGGGCACAUCAGGGGAAACCAGAAAUCCACAGCCAUAAAAGUUCUUAUUAA